CUCUAGUGACGAACAUAAAAAUCUAGAAUCUUGCACAUGCGCAAGAAAAGGCUAUGUCGUCUGAACGUUUGCUGCUAUCGACAAACAGAAACCAUAAUAGCCCUGAUCCUGAAGAUUCUCCCAUACUGCAAGACGGUAUUGCUGAAACAGCAGAUGACCCUCUGGCUAUCACAGCCAUCCAGUCAGCUGCCGCAUUCUCCACAGAUCAGCAAAUUAAGUAUCUUGUAAAAACGGAAGGAGCAGGGCGACAGGUGACAUACCGGGUGAUCCACUUGGCUGAUGGGCAGGUAGAAGGACAGGCAGAUGGGGCAGCAGCAGUCAGUGUGGUGACUGGGUUUCCCACAGUAACUCAGGCAGCCACACCACAUGUAACCCAGGCUGUGAUCUCGCAGUCUGAGAGUCUAGAGGGAGAAACGUCUGAGACUCAAUACUACUAUCCUGCCACCAUCUCUGACACCACUGCCAGCACCAUGGUCACCAAUCUCCACACAGCUGAUUCUGUACUAUCUCAACCAACCUCUGGAGGUCAACUCUAUGUAAUGAUGACACCUCAGGAAGUUCUAGCCACACCACAGAGUAAGUCGGGAACUCCGCGUGCUUCCAGGGAUGACAAGCGGAAGGCUCAACACAAUGAAGUGGAACGUAGACGGAGGGACAAGAUCAACAACUGGAUUGUCCAGCUUUCCAAAACAAUUCCUGACUGCACUGUGGAUGCAACCAAAAAUGGUCAAAGUAAAGGUGGGAUCUUGUCUAAGGCAUGUGACUAUAUCCAAGAGCUGCGUCAGAGCAAUGCAAGACUGGAGGAGGAACUUAAUUCUGUGGAUCGACUGAGAAUGGACAACCAGCUUCUCAAACAAGAGAUGGAAGAGUGGAAAUCAAAGAAUCAAAUGAUCAGAGCCCAGUUAAGACAGCACGGCAUAGCGGCUGCAUCAAUGGACUCUCAGUGAAGAACUGCAGAUCAACUAUAAGCUUCUCCUGCCCUGGUUUUGUCAUUAAUUCUGUUUAUUCAUGUUUGAAAUGACAUGUCAGAAGUCAUUCUUACGGUGGACAGUCACCCUUCUCUCUCUGUCUCCUUCACUGUUCACUUCACACGCAGCCUUUGAUUAUUUCAGAUUAUUUGCGGAGUGGUCUGGUAUCUUAACUGCACUGAAAUUGUGUCGAAUUGUCAGAUCUGUAUAUUUGUAGAUCUGUGUCUAAAUAAUGAUCAUAUUUUGAAUGACUACUGUCAGGGUGUUUUAGAUAUGUUGAAUAUGCAUUGAAAUGUGUUUACAUUUUGGUUACCUUCAUUGCCUUCUUUAUGGUAAAUUGGAUUGUUUUAUGUCUAGUCAGUGGGAGUUACCAAUUCCUUGACAAUCAACUUAGGCCAAAACAACAGCUUUAAAAGUUUAUGAAAUCUUUAUUUACACAGUCUUUACAUAAUAUUGUUUGAUCAAAAAUAUUGAACUUCAUAUAACGUUUCAUAACACAUGUUUGAUGAUGUUUUAAAUAUAAACACGGGUUGAUUUGUUGAUUUAUUUAACUCAGGUGUUUGUUGGACAAGCACAAGUGCACACAUUUGGUGAAACUUGAUCAGGAUUUAAAUACUGUAUAUCAAAAAAAACAAUUACAAAAUAAUUACUAAUAAAGCAGUUGUACUAGUCUAA